AUGCAGAGCCUCAAGUUACGAUUCGGCCAUGCCGGCGAUCAGGUCGAUAACACUGUUGAUUCCGCCUACAUCUAUUCCUCACCUGAUGAUCGAUCUGACAUUGAAGCAGUGCUAAUCCCUGUCACCGCGUUCGCCUUGGGAACCUGGCAAAUCUUCAGGCUUCGAUGGAAGACAGAUAUGAUUACGAAGUAUGAAGAUCGUAUUCUCAAGCCACCGCUACCGCUCCCACCUCGAAUCGACCCAUCAGCUAUCUCAGAGUUCAAUUAUCGACGGGUUUAUGCUACUGGCAUUCUGAGGUAUGAUCAGGAAAUGCUGAUUGGCCCACGAAUCCACGAUGGACGAAAUGGAUUCUAUGUAGUCACGCCACUAGAACGUGGGGAUGGUGCCUCCAAGGUGCUUGUGAACAGAGGAUGGAUUCCUAAGAAGUUUGAGAACCAGCGGCACAGAAAAGUGGGAUUACCAACCGGGCGAGUCACUGUCCAAGGUCUGUUGAGAGAGCCAUGGAAGAAGAACUUGUUUACUCCUGACAACAAGCCGGAGGAUGGAGCAUUCUACUUUCCUGACGUUCACCAAAUGGCCGACUUCUCUGGCAGCGACCGUGUCUGGAUUGAAGAGACAAUGGAGCAAGAUCUUAUAAAAGCGAUGGAUCGAGAAGCUGUCGGUAUCCCCAUUGGACGAGCAGCUGCGGUUAAUUUGCGGAACAAUCAUACACAGUAUAUAUUCACCUGGUAUGCUUUAUCAGCUGCAACAUCCGUUAUGUUCUGGAUGCUUGUCAAAAAGCCGCCACCAGACAUUGCCAGACGAGUUCGACAAAGCAAAGAGUGGUCUUGA